CUGUUGUGAGUAUCGCAUCCUAGUACACUAAAUCCAAUGAACGUGUGGUAUUGCCCAGUCGUGGCGCCGCUAAAACACACGCGAACGGUCUGUCUGUCACUACCACAUAAGUUUCCACGUGAGACACAACUUUUGAACGGUUUGUCAAAUGAUACGCGAUGUGCUACCUCAAUCUCACCGCUACUAAUUCGAGAUCGUAAAACUUGUUGGACAGUUUUAUAUCCUCAGUCACGUGCCAACGUUUAGUGUUGUGUUUAUUGCUCCAUUAGUGUUAACAAACAAUUUAUUACUUCGCUGUUUAGCGCGCAUUGACGAUAUGUAAUUGGACUUUAAUUACACCAAAGUCGUAAACGAUGAGUUCCUAUCAGUUCGUGAAUUCUUUAGCGCAAUGCUACGGACAACAAGGACGAUCCGGUGAACAAACUCAUCAAAACCCUACUCCUGGAGGUGACUAUUACAACCCCAAUGCAGCUGCAGCUUCUAGUUACCCACCUGCUUGCUACUCUCCUCCGCAAGUAGGUCCGCAAUAUCCCCCGCAUCCAUAUGCUACACCAGCACCAGGCCAUGGGCUUCAGCCCACAAUGGGCGACUAUACUCAGCUCCAGCCACAACGAAUUCCUGGUGCUGCAAGCACACACAUGCACCACGCUAGUCCUGGUGGCCAAAGCCCUGGAAUGCUAAAUCCUUCGGCUAGCUGUAAGUACGCUGAUUCAACCUCCUCGACAGGUGUAGCUUCUCCACAAGACCUAAGUACUAGUGGACCGCCGACUAGAGCCACUCCGCCUCUAAAUAGUACACAAACUAGUAAUAAUUCUAACGCGACUAUUACUUCAAAAAGUUCGGGUCUAACAUCUCCUUUGUCGGUCAGUACUUCUCCCACUGGAAAACCACCUACGGGAUCUUCGACAGCUUCGCAAAAUUUAUCGUCGCCAGCUUCGAGCACUAGCUCCACCUCGAGCAACGAAAAAUCUGGAUCAAAUAACAACACGAAGAGCGGGAGUUCAUCGAAUCCUCCGCAGAUCUAUCCUUGGAUGAAAAGAGUUCAUCUUGGACAAAGUACUGUGAACGCCAAUGGAGAAACGAAGCGCCAAAGGACGUCGUACACUAGGUACCAAACUUUAGAGUUGGAGAAAGAAUUCCAUUUUAACAGAUACCUGACAAGGCGGAGAAGAAUCGAGAUAGCCCAUGCUCUCUGCCUAACCGAGCGACAAAUAAAAAUAUGGUUUCAAAAUCGGCGGAUGAAGUGGAAGAAGGAACACAAGAUGGCCAGUAUGAAUAUCGUUCCUUAUCAUAUGUCCCCAUAUGGUCACCCUUAUCAAUUUGAUCUGCAUCCUAGUCAGUUUGCCCAUCUUGCAACUUAGGAUGUUUUUUGAAUGUGAUUCUGUUAUUAUAUAGAUUUUCACCUGGCGUCCCUCCAGGACGAAGGGUAUGCAUUCCACCAGGCCAUGGGGAUGGGAGGUAUGGGCAGCAUGCAGCGCGGUCUCUACGCUUGCGGAAGUCCCUACAGCUAGCCCUGGGCCACCUAUAACGGAGACUGCGGCCCAUCUUAGGCCAAAUUCGGAUCUUGGAGCAGUCUUCGGGUCGUGGUAACGCGAUGGAUCACAUGGCGGGAAAUAUGGAGGCAGUUAAUUGAAAGACAAGAAACAAGAAACUGUAUUAUAUUCUAAAUGUUAAAAGAUAUUCCUAUCAGGAAAUCACUCAAUAUUAGUCCAUUCACUCACGGUAAAAUAUUGCAAAACCUCCCAAUUUUCAAGACCAGCUUGGACUGACAUUAAAUUUGGCACACAUGACCUGCCUAACAUGUCAAAGAAAAAAAGUGAUAUUGUGCUGAUGUGUACUUUUCCCCUGGUGGUGAGUACCACCACUUCUCGGGUGUGAAAAAACAUACGUUAAAAAUAAGUCCGGAGGUGGAUAAACUGACUAAUUAUAGAGUUUUUUUCAAUAUGUAAGUCAGUAAUUCUCGAGUUAUUUGCGAGUGAAUAUGUUCGUUUUUCAACAAAAAAAAAACAUGUUUUAGACGGUUUUUCGUAAAUAACUCAAAAAGUAAGUAUUUAUCGAUAAAAAUGUUCUUAGCCAAAAUAUAGCUAAUAAAAAAGAGAAAAAAAAUGAUGUAUGCACGAAGUCUGUAAAUUCAGUAGAAGCAGAGUUAUAGCUAAUGAAAAGUAGGUUCUUAUUCGUCAAUUUCCAAAUCGAAUCUUUUAAAAUUAAACACUUUUCGUGGAAAACUUAUCAAAACUUAAGUCUAGUAAGUCAGGAAAUAAAAUUCGAAACUUGUUUCAAUGUUUAAACUAAUCACAAGUGUUAAAAAAAUGCUUUAAUAUUGUUUUUUUAAGUUUCUAUCAUCAAAAGUAAGUAAAUUACGCUCAAAAUAAAGUUGGUCCCUUAUUUAAAUAACAAAAACAUCGUGAAAAUCACCCCCUAAUUAGCAUCCCAAAUGAAAUUAAUCGUGACCGCAAGUUGCUUUAUUUAUGUAUUGUUUAAUAUGAUCUGUAAGUUUCAUCGGUUCAAAGUGCUUAUUUUUUAAAGGGCUGUAGUUGAAAGGGCUUGAAAGAGUCAUUAAUCACGAGUGUAUGAAAAUUUUGAACAGCCAUAUCUUAACCAAUUUUUGUCUUACAAAAAAAUAAAAAAUCCAAAAUAUUCAGAACAGCAAAACAUAUUUUUUUACUUUUCAAGAUUUUUCGUAUCACUAAUACUUUUUGAAUUGUUUUGAAAAAAGGCAUUUUUUUAAAUUUCAAAUUUUUUUUUUAAUUUAAAGCCAAUACUUUUUUCAAAAAUAAGCACUUUGAAAUGGUGAAACUUACAGAUCAUAGAAACUUACAUAAGCAAAUAGUCCAGAAAGCCACUGCGCAUCCGUUAGAAAAAAUAUUCUAAUUCGGAUUUUUU